UAUGAUUCAGAAUGCGCCUUGUGCUUUUUGCAUGGAGCGCCUUCCGGUCUUCGGCUAUAUCCGGCUCUGUGACGUCACACUUGCCCUACUACCUGUUCCCGUCCUUGUAUGGUUUGUCGUAUGCUUUAGCGAUUUCGCGAUGGUUUAUUGUGUGGCAGUAGGUUGUACAAAUGGUUCAGGCAGCGGCAAGAGCUUCUUUGGCUUUCCAAACGAAAAAGGAAUACGUGACCAGUGGAUACGGAAAGUCAAUCGACAGGGGAAGAAACGCGGCCAGCUAUGGGUGCCUAGCAAGCAUUCCAAACUCUGUGGUGAUCACUUCGAACCGGCGUGUUUUGAGAAGGACUUAGCAGAAAGCAUCGGAUACACAGGUGUAGUUAGGCAGAGGCUGAAACCAGCUGCAGUGCCAACUAUUUUUCCUACGCCCAUAGGGACCUCAACCGCCAGCAAGAGGACUAAAUCUCACAGCCGCCACGGUGCAGCGGCGAAACGGCGCAGACAAGAGAAGCAGAGCAAAGGAGUAACAAAGGCUAAAAAGAAGAAAUUGGCCAGAGACCGAGACACAAAAAGCCUGAACUUAGGAGCUGCCUUUCAGAGGUGGAGGGACUUCAGGCAGCAGAGAGGAUUCAAAACCGAUGCAGAAUUAGCAACAUUUCUGCUUGACUGCGUUUGUACUAAGGAGGAUCGUACCAACAAGCCAGAUGACUUGAAGAAUCUGAGAGAAAACAAGCUGAAGGAAGAGCUCCAGCGCCGUGGCCUGGACACCAAUGGCCUGAAGCUGGACCUGGUCGAGCGGCUUGUGCCUGCGCUGAAGGAGGAAGCCUCGGUCAAUUCACCUGGCCGAUGGGCCGAGGAGCAGGGCAACAAAGGCACAAAGGACAAAGAUGAUGAUGGGGGAGAGGGAGAAGAAGAAAAAAGGCAAAAGCAGCACGGUGACACACUGCUAGAGGAAAAUGAAGGCAGAGAUUUCGGUGGCUGCUACAAGGAAGAGGAUGCUGAGCCGGAGGCAGAAUGCCACCCGCACGAGAGUCAGCCGGUGUCGUACUGUGGCCACAGUGUGCCGGACUUGAGUGCCAACGCAGACCUUCCCAACACGGCCGCCAUCACUACAAUAGCCAUCAAACUCGAACCGGAACAUGUUGACAUAAAAAAAGAAAUGAAAGAGGAGCUCAAAAUCGAGAACGCCCUGUUGCUAGUCGCCGACGCUGGGUGGACAGAGCCGAAACACAGACAAGAUGGAGCCUGUCCGGCUGUGCAGGUGAAGGUGGAGACCGAGAGAAGCGGACACUGCGACCGAAAGCGACCGCGUGAGAACGGGGGCCACAACGACAAUGUGCACACCCAGAAGAAGAGUGUCCCACUGGAUCGAGAUGAGAACCGAGAUGAGGAUUAUGGCGGUGGACCUGGGUGCCGAGCUGCUGGGAAAGACGGUGAUCUUCCUUCGCGCAAGGAGGACGAGCUAAACCAGACGCUCGCCAGCCUACUGACUCAAGUAGCCGAUCUCACAUUCCUCACAGACACGUUAAGUGCUCAGCUGAGAGAGAUGAACAGGAAGCCGGUCUCCUUUUCUCUAUGCUCCAAAAAGUGAUUUAUUUUUGGAAAGGUGGUAUGCGACAGUAUAUUAAAACAUAAUUGUCCGAUGUAAAGCCGGAAGCUGCUACGUCACACACCGCCAACCUCUGCAAGGAGGAAGAAGUGGACAUAACAUCAGGGCCUGUGAUUUGUUAUUAGCUUGUUUUUGAAGCAACUAUGUGUUCAAUAAAGGCGAUUGCUAUUAGGGGUGCGCCAAUCAGGGUUUUAUGCUGCCGAUUCUGAUACCGAUCAUCCAGGAGUGAAGUCUGUUGAUCACUGCCGAUACCAUUCAUAUGGAUGAGCUGUAAAUGUUUCAAUUUAUGUACGAUGAGUGGUAUAGGCUAUAUGAUCCGACAUGUUUGUUAGGGUUUGCUUGUGCAGUGUGAAAGGAGACUCUACACUAUGCGACAGUAUAUUAAAACAUAAUUGUCCGAUGUAAAGCCGGAAGCUGCUACGUCACACACCGCCAACCUCUGCAAGGAGGAAGAAGUGGACAUAACAUCAGGGCCUGUGAUUUGUUAUUAGCUUGUUUUUGAAGCAACUAUGUGUUCAAUAAAGGCGAUUGCUAUUA